AUGGACCCACUUACUAUUGUUAGAUGGUUUGGAGUGUGCACGGAGCCACCCAUAGAGGAGGCGCAGCCUGCAUGGUGGGUAGAGCUCCAGCACUCGGAGGCGUUGCAGAGGCGAAUGGAAAAGUGCUCUAGUGCUCGCGAUGGGAUUGUGGGAGCAAGGUCUGCUAACGUAAGACGUAAGGUUGAUAAGCGGAAGGUGCAGUUUGCGCCAGACCUAGUAGCUGAUCGUGAACUUGGUUACUACGAGAGCAAUGCAGAGUUCGUAAUACCCAAAGCAUCAACAACUUUGCGAGGCAUGCCUGCUGUACAGAAGGCAGCCACUAGACAGGUACCGCCCUGGGAUCUGGCUGAUUUGGAUGAUACGAAUCGCAUGCGCCGCAUAUUGAUUCCGGAAGCAGCAACGUCCUGUUCAUGCUUGUGUGGUAGUGUCUCUGCGAAAAGUCUCACGGAUAAGAAAGAUGACAAAGCAUUUCCAAGCGUGGAAGGCGUGUUCCGUGGAUACCAUGAAAGCUCUGAUGACGAACUUUCUCAAGGGUCCUCUAGCUGGAGGAUUUGA